AUGGCGGGGUCUGACUGCUCCACGGAAUCGCUCAGCCGCCGCCUUUUCGUCACCGAUAAGGUAACGAAACACCAGUUCCUGAUUGACACAGGGUCAGAUUUGUGCUGCUAUCCAUACCGCUGGCUCAGGGAGCAGCGGAGACCUACAGAGUGGGAUCUUAGAGCAGCAAAUGGCAGUACAAUUUUGACCUAUGGAACAGUCCACCUUAGACUUGAUUUUGGACUGCGGCGCGACUUCACCUGGCAGUUUGUGGUGGCAGAAGUUAAUUCAGCCAUCAUCGGUUCAGAUUUUUUGGCCCAUUACCAUCUUCUACCAGAUUGCUACACUCAACGCCUGGUGGAUGGUAAGACUGGACUUAAGGCCAUUUGCUCAACUGCUACUGUCACGCAGCCUAGCAUCAAAUCUAUCAGUCUACGGGACUCUCCUUUUGCACAAGUGCUCGCUGAGUUCCCUGACAUCACUAAGCCUCCUGGAUUCCAGCGGUUAGUCAAACACAACACUGUGCACCAUAUUAGGACCACCGAAGGCCCACCCAUCUCCUGCCGUCCCCGACGCUUGGCACCUCAGAAGCUAUCUGCUGCCAAGACCGAACUAGAGGACAUGGUGCGGACUGGGGUGGCUCGGCCAUCCGAGAGUGCUUGGUCCUCUCCCUUGCACAUGACAACUAAGAAAGACCAGUCUUGGCGCCCCUGCGGGGACUAUCGCGCCCUGAACGCCAGGACCAUUCCCGACCGCUAUCCAGUGCGCCACAUCAACGACUACGCGAAUAACCUCGCUGGUGCUACCAUCUUUAGCACCCUUGAUCUGGUGAAGGCCUAUCACCAGAUCCCAGUAGCUGAGGACGACAUACCCAAGACCGCCAUCGUUACCCCGUUUGGCCUCUUCGAAUUCCCUUUCAUGACAUUUGGGUUACGAAAUGCCGGUCAAACCUUUCAAAGGUUCAUCGAUGAGGUCACACGGGGUCUCGAUUUUGUUUUUCCAUAUAUAGAUGACAUCCUCGUCUACUCAGCUGACGAGACUCUACACAAGGAACAUCUGCGUAUCCUGUUCAAGCGUUUGCAGGAGUAUGGGCUCGUUCUUAACCCUUCCAAGUGUGUCUUAGGGGCAAAGGAAGUAGUGUUCCUGGGAUACCACGUGAGUGCUGAAGGCACUCGCCCUCCUCAGGACCGCAUUCAAGUUCUCAUUGACUUUCCUCCUCCAAAGGACGUCCAAGGCGUGCGUCGUUUCCUCGGCAUGAUGAAUUACUAUCGCCGUUUUAUUCCCCACGCCGCGAAAUGUCAAGCGCCUCUCGUAGAUGCAGUAGUCGCCAUCAAUGGUAAGGGUGCCAAACCAUUUCCAUGGACACCCGAGCUUCUGGCGCACUUUGAGGCAUGCAAGUCAAGCUUGUCCCACGCGACCCUACUCCAACACCCAGUCAACGACGCACCUCUGGGACUUUUCACGGAUGCCUCCAGCGUCCACGUCGGAUCCUGCAUCCAGCAGUUCGUGAACAACCAAUGGUGCCCUCUUGCCUUCUUCAGCAAAAAGUUGACCCCCCAGCAAACUGAGUGGCCAGCAUACUACCGAGAACUCUUCGCGGUGUACGAAAGCGUACAACACUUCCGCCAUAUUCUCGAGGUCCAACAUGUGACCAUCUAUACUGACCACAAGCCGCUGUUGUACGCUUUCGUACAACGCAGAGAAAAACUCCCGCCAUCGCAACUGAACCAGCUAUCGUUUAUUGGUCAGUUUACAACGGACAUCCGCUACAUAAAAGGAGAGGACAACGUUGUAGCCGAUGCGAUGUCGCGGAUCGAGGCCGUCUCGUUAGAAGAAGAUUACGAGGCCCUCGCUAAAGCACAACUAGAGGACCAAGAGCUUGCCGACCUACGUCAAGGUAACUCCAGCCUUCAGCUCUCACGCAUCGCUGUACCUGGCACAGACGUCUACAUCUUUUGCGACGUCUCCACUGGUAAGCCUCGCCCUUAUCUGACCCCUUCUUUUCGUCGUGCGGUGUUUGACAAGUUGCACAACUUGAGUCACCCCGGCGUCAGAGCCACCACUCGACUGUUGGUAAGUCGUUAUGUGUGGCCCUCCAUGCGGAAGGACUGUCGUAGAUGGGCCCAGUCUUGCCUUGCGUGUCAGCGCAGUAAGGUUUCAAGGCAUACCUCGUCACCUCUAGGUACGUUCGAGCAACCAUCUGGACGUUUUAUGCAUGUCCACAUCGAUAUCGUUGGUCCCCUUCCUGUUUGUGAUGACUAUCGUUAUUGUCUCACAGCCAUCGACAGGGUUUCCAGGUGGCCAGAGGUGUGGCCGAUGCGUUCCAUUACUGCCGAUGAGGUGGCCGAUACUUUCGUCCAGGGAUGGAUAUCUCGCUUUGGUGUCCCUACUACAAUAACUACUGACCAGGGCACCCAGUUUGAGUCUGAUCUUUUCAGACGGUUAAUGCAGACCUGCGCCACCAAGCGCAUUCGUACAACCGCGUAUCAUCCCUGCGCGAACGGAAUGAUCGAGCGCGUGCACCGCCAGCUCAAGGCCGCACUUAUGUGCCACUCUGGCUCCUGGACGCGCGCUCUACCACUCGUCCUACUCGGCAUGCGUACCGCCUACAAGGAAGACUUGAAGGCCACAGCUGCUGAGAUGGUAUAUGGCGAAUCUCUCCGCCUACCCGGUGAGAUGUUAGUCUCCGCGCCGGACGAAAGCAGACUCGACGAUCCCGCUGAUUUCGUCGUCCAGCUGCGACGCAAAAUGUCGUCUUUUCGCCCAGCUCCAGUUUCUCGCCACUCGACUCGUCCCAUCUUUAUCUCUAAAAAUUUGCCUACAGCAACACACGUGUUCCUACGUGACGACACCGUACGACGCCCAUUGCAACCUCCUUAUACAGGUCCUUUUGCCGUAGUGAGGCGUUCCACGGACGGGAAAACCCUGACCCUGGACAUUAAGAACAAAGAGGUUGUAGUGAGCGUCGAUCGUGUCAAACCAGCUUUCGUGGACUCAGAUGAGACUCAUAGUUCUGGUACACCUGCUCCAGCGGCUCUGCAGCCUCAGGACGUACCUCGGGCGCAGCCGGCUGAGCCCGCUCCUCCUAUUACUAUACCUGCGGAUACCACAAGCAAUUCACGACCUUACACCACGCGGUCAGGUCGUAACGUUAGGUUUAAGGACAGCGACGAAUACUGUUAUUUUUAA